ACUUCCGUUUUCUCGGAGAGGGGUUGGAAAACGAAAAUAUAAUGGCUGUUGCUGUGAAGCUGCUUCGUGGAUGUUGCCACUGUGGCUCAUUGUCCCGGACGUCUUUGGCUGCGAAGGAACUUCUAUCACGGACAGCUGUUGGCAGCGUAGUGCUUCAAACAAGAAACAAUACUCGGAUCAUGGAGAGAGUGUACCCUCUGCCGGUGGGCAAAGACGGGGGCCGGCCUGACAGGAGCCAGAUGAACGAGUUGUACAAGAUUCUGCGGGAAGUCGAGAUUGUCAAGUACCCGGAGGAAAUUCAGUGUAUCCUCACAGAUUUUGUCGAAGGUGUCGGUAUUCGUGGAGAUGUGGUGACCGUCAAACGAGACUUCUUCCAUGAGGAGCUUUUCCCGGCCGGCAUGGCUGUGUAUGCCUCCCCCGAUAACAUUGAGGAGUUUGAGGAGGAAAGAAAGGCAAAAGGAAUUGACAAAGCUGAGACGAGGUUGGGUGUUUUUGCCAGAAUGACUAUGAAAGAACUAAGCAACAUGCACCUGGAGAUCCCCCUCAGCGACAGCUCUGACUGGACACUCUGCAAACGGCACGUCCAGGUGGCCUUCAGAAUACAGGGCGUGGAAGUGGAGGAGGACUGCUUAGAACUGCCUGAAGAAGCUGUAACAGAGUUCCAGGAUGUCACCAUCAACGUUUGGAUUAAUGGUUUGGAAUCUGUUCCUGUGAGUGCCACCAUUGUUCCAAUAUCGGAAAAAUUCCCUCCCACCAAGAAAUAAAGUCAUUUGUCAUUUUAAAAAAA